GCAAACAGCAGCUUUAAGCUUCUGAGCAUGCGCGUCACUAGCUCCUUCAACAUCUGGGCUGCGAAGAGGACUUGUUAACGAUGACGAAGAUGCUGCACAUAUUUGUAGUUCUGGCCCUGCUCGGCCUGGGCUCAGGAGAAGAGGGAGCCCGUCUGCUGGCCUCUAAGUCUCUGCUGAACCGCUACGCAGUGGAGGGUCGCGACCUCACCCUGCAGUACAACAUCUACAAUGUGGGCUCCAGUGCUGCUCUGGAGGUGGAGCUGUCUGAUGAUUCUUUUCCUCCUGAAGACUUUGGAAUUGUUUCAGGAAUGUUGAACGUCAAAUGGGACAGGAUCGCACCAGCCAGCAAUGUCUCUCACACGGUGGUGCUGCGCCCCCUGAAGGCCGGUUACUUUAACUUCACCUCUGCUUCUGUCAGCUACCUGGCCCAGGAGGGAGGCCAAGUAGUGGUCGGCUACACCAGCGCCCCCGGCCAGGGAGGCAUCCUGGCUCAGAGGGAGUUCGACCGGCGUUUCUCCCCACAUUAUCUGGACUGGGCUGCAUUUGGCGUGAUGACUCUGCCCUCCAUCGGCAUCCCUCUGCUCCUCUGGUACUCCAGCAAGAGGAAGUACGACUCACCAAAGGCUAAGAAGAACUGAGAGGGCACUGCUGGGUUUAAGGCUGGGGGAGGGUGGAACUCAAAGGGUUAAGUGGGCACAGGAUCUCUGAAUAGCUUAAUAACCCAUAUUGGGGGUGAAAGAUAAGAAGAAGAAAAAAAAUACAGUGACCAAGGAACGUGACUAUAAUUAGAUCGAACAAGCCGGUUCUACAGGAAGUAGAACAACAACAGAAAGAUGAAAAG